AUGCAAAUUGUUGGAGACUACUGCACUAUAUCAGAACGAGCUACCUCUCUUUUCCUUACAGCAGCAAAGAUCAAAAGGCGCAGAGCAAAGAGCCCUAUAAUUCAGAGCCCCUACGGGCCUAUUCCCAUGGCAUAUGUCGGCCUAUUGGAGUCCCGGCACCUGCACCCGGCACGAAUAAAGGUGGAGAAGACAGAGACAGUUGUCGCUCUCAGACUGAUUGACGCCAGUUCGAACACAAUAGAUCAUGUACAGAAGCUGGCUGGAACGAUCAAGCGUCUCACAGCCUCAAGUAUACAGCUGAAGACCAUCCCUGAGAAGCUCGUGUGUUCACUCAUCUACCUCACCAAACUAGAUCUCAGUGACAACAAGCUGGGCGAUGCCUCAUUCCCAGAAUGUAUGAAGAAUCUGGAGCAGCUUGUCGAUCUUAGCCUGGCCAACAACAAAUUAAGCAAGUUCCCUGUCUGCUUGAGAAAACUGCAGAAGCUGAGUCGCUUGGACCUCAGUGACAACGAAAUUUCUCGAGAUGUCGGCCAAAUGAAAUCUCUUGUAGACCUAGAUGUCUCAGACAACAAGAUCGGUACCCUGGCAACCGACCUUUUCCUGCUGCCAAAUCUGGACGUCUUCAUCGCUUGCAAGAACGAAAUAACUACUGUCCCGAGUUUCACAAUCCGGCCACACUCCAAACGGCGCCUGAAGCACGUUGACCUGUCAGACAACAGACUGACCAAGUUCCCCGGCCAUCUACUGCAGAUGGUGGACAAGCUUGACCUGUGCAACAAUAACAUUAAAUCCUUACCCUAUCACUCCAUUAAGAAACUUGACCUGAACACUGACCAGACGUUGCUGCUCAAGGAAAACCCGUUGACGUACCCGCCAUCGGACGUCUGUGAGUCGGGUCUUCGCUGUAUCACCUCCUUCUUUCAUGAAAGUCAGUCAGAGGUCAAAGUUCAUCAGGGAGUCAAGUUGAGCAUAUGGGACUUCUGUGGACACGCCUUCUAUAUGUACCCACACUACACCUUCUUUGAGCAUCCAUCAGUGGCAAUCCUCACCUUCAACAUGCUGGACUACUCGGAGGCAACAUUCCAGGACCAUAUAGGAUCCUGGUUCGACUGGAUGCUGGCCAAAACCAACAAAGGGGCGGUUGUUCUCGUCGGGACUCACUGCGACAAGCUGGACGAAUCACAGAUGAGAAAGGUCUCCACGGAGGUGAAAGCGAGACUGACCAAACACACUGACAGACAGACCCAGUACAUCAAAGAUAGUAUCCAGGAGAUUGAAGACAGACCACACAUUUCUCCGACCUUAUCUGAGCAGCUCAAGAUGUACAGGCGACUUCUACAGACAAAAACCAUAGUUGUAACCGACGUCGUGUGUACCAGCUCCAAGACGUAUCUAGGCUUCGACAAAGUUCGACAAUCUAUCGAGAAUCUAGUCAAAGACAAGCAAUUGUUUCCCCGUGUCAUGAGAGUUAUCCCCACCUUCUGGCUGGACGUUCGCCAUUACGUAGAGGAUCGUGGAAACUCCAUGUCCUUUCCGGUCUUGUCCUGGGAAGAGUUCCAGCAGGAAGUGACGUCACGGUUCGGAAUGAAGCACCUGAUGAGGCCCAUAGCCCAGUACCUCCACGAAAUUGGCCAGAUUUUAUGGUUCUCUAGCGUCCCCAAGUUAAAAGAUCUGGUCUUCAUUCGGCCAUCUUGGCUGUUGGACCUUCUGCGAUGCUUUCUGCGGCAUGACCUUGACAAGGUUAUCUUCACACCAGAAGAUAAGCUAAGGUGUCCUGAACUAACCACGAUGAAAUUCGACAGACUAAAGAAGGACGCCAUAUCACACGCCAUGUUUGACCGGGACUUCUUCCGCUGUCUUCUUGCGCCACUGAUGUCCCUUGAUAACAUUUCCAUAACAACCGAUAUCAUGAAACUUUUAGCGGAAGGAUUUGAACUGGGUUUCCCUGUAACAAAAUCCAACAAGGAAGCUGCAAUUUCAGCACUUUGCAAGUCUGAGUCAGGGUUGUUCAACAUAUUGACACAUCUUACAAUCCCCUGGUUUAUCAAAGACCCGGAACCAGACAGUUUUAAAAUAUUCUGGGAAUCUUUAGAUCAAAGACACAAAUUGGCGUGUUGUUAUAAGUUUCCACUCUACCUCCCACCGGGAUUGUUUGAGGUAAUGUGCGUCCGCGCCCACCAGGAGAAGCACAACCUGUGCUUCUUGCAUCAGUGGGGCGGAGGAAUUCAUGCUGUACGGAAGCAGUUAAACGUUCAUGUGUUGGUGACCUACUUUCAGGAUGACCACGUCGAUGGCUGUGAGGUGAAUGUGGUGAAGUUUGAAAUCAGAGAUGGUGAUUUUGAGAAUGACCAGCAGACAUCGGUGGUGACCAUGUGGUCUGUCCUAGUUCCUUUACUCCAGGAAUUUGAGCAGUUGUUAGAAGGCUACUCUGGUAUUCUGGUGGAAAGAUUCAGCGAGUGUCCCCACUGCCGUAGCGCAUCUUUCGUUGGCGAGUGGAUGACGACCAGGGACACUCAAGCACUGACCAGACGCGUCUGUGAUGUAUGUGGACAAGAGGUGGACACACGGUUCCUGGUGCAGCCGAGGGAACAGAAAAGAGUUAUCAUCAAACGGAAACCCCCAGCGCAAACUGCAGCCACGCCUUCUCCUUCGCCACUUCCAGAGCAACUUUUAAGCACCCAACAACCUGCGACCACGCCUUCUUCUUCGCCACUACCAGAGCAACUUUCAAGU